GGCGGGGGGAUGCGUAACGACGGUGUCUUUGGAAACAUGUCUGCCAAGCCUGACCAACAAGGUGCGGGAAUGCGCAGGGGCCUCAACGAGGAGGGCGAGAACCCGGACUGGGUGCCAGAGAUUGCGAGCAACCAGGCACCCCCGAGCUACCUCUCUGCCCAAGCCGACGCCGUUCCACCGUAUUACGAAGCCUCGCUCGGUGCUGGCGGACCCGGUUUCUCUGGCGCGAUCUCCCCUGGCGCUUCUCUGUUGAUUGACAACCUCCCACCCGGAUCUCUCUUUUCAUUCCUUUGGAACCUUCUCGUCUCUCUUUCCUUCCAGUUUGUCGGUUUCCUUCUUACUUACCUCCUCCACACUUCCCACGCGGCCAAACAAGGUUCUCGCGCAGGCUUGGGUAUCACACUCAUCCAAUACGGCUUUUAUCUGCGUCAGCGCGCAGAGACGCUCUCCCAUGGCACGAUGGACGCGAACGGUAUGUGGCAUUUCCCUGGGGACGAGGUGCCUCCCCCAGCGGAUCCAACUCCUUCAUUCUCUACGGCCGCAGAGGCAGAUGCCUUCUACAAGAUGCACAACGACACUUUACCCUCUACCCCCGCCUCGCUCCCCAUGGGCGACGGCAUGGGCAUGGGUGGGAGCAUGAUCGGUUCCACAACCAACACCGCCUUCCCCCACCAGCUUAGCGUGGCAAACGAAUGGCUCUCAUUCUUCCUCAUGACUAUCGGCUGGUUCGUCCUCCUGACCUCUAUCCUCUCUUACUGGCGUGUCAAGCGCUGGGAA